UCCGCAGCCGCAGUCCGCAAGUCAGAAACCACCCAAUUUAUCGGCAGUCCUCAAUUCAAAAUUUCAUCCACAACUGGUCUUGAUUCUUGGAUUCCAUUCACUCCAUUUACUUCAAUAUUUAAGAUUUUUUAAUAAAUUAAUUAGUUACAUUCACUCCUCAAUAUUUUUUAAUAAAUUAAUUUUCCAAAAAUUAAAGGAAUUUUUAAAUGUUAAAAUUUUUAUUUCCCCCAAAUGGACGUCUUUUACAGACUUGCAUAUUUAGCUGUAUUAUUUCAUUUUUUAAUCUGUUUUUUCUAUGGUAUUCGGGUUAUUAUCCGAAUACGGCUGCUGUAAAUAUUAAAAAAUAUAUUAAUGAUUCUUAUCUUGCACGUGGACAAAAAAUUUCAGAAAAUUAUUUAUUGUGGUUUUGGAAUUCUAUUUUGAAUUUGCCGUUUAUUGGGUUUAUAUUGAGUAAUUUAUCAGCUCCUUAUUUCUGUGAAAGGGCUGGAAGAAGAGGUUGGGGAUUUUUCUAUCAUGGAUAA